AUGUCCAGCGAGCCGGAUCUGCACAGGGCCAUCUCGCUCAAACCGUCUCCGUUUCAUGCGCAUCCGCACCCGCCACACUCGUCGCGCGGCUCUAGCCCAUACCCCGCGCCGCCGCCUGCCAGCAGCACGCCCGUGGGCAAGUCCGAUGGUGCUAGCACUGCCGUCGAGACCUCGAAGCCUGUCGAAGCCUCCGACGACACACAUGCCCGCCAUGUGGCCGGCCCUCACGAUGUCGAGCGACAGUCGCUGCCGCAGUACACAGCCGACAACGACCCGUACCGCCUUGCCCAUGGGCUCAAGCCCGAGGAAGAGCUGGCCCAGAUUCGCGCCAAUACGUCGCGGAAGCGCGAUGGCUUCGGGCCAAUUACGCUGAACAAGAAUGCUCAGCGCGCGAGAAAGAUCGAGCAGUUCUACGAGAAGCAAAACGAGAACAUUGAGCGACUGCUCAAGCCCGUCGACGACCAUGUGCGCGACGCAAAGGAGGAGGAAGGCGCCAACCAUGUCCAGUACAGAAUCGCUGUCGUGGGCAGCUUUGCCGCGAACAUCAUUCUGGCAGCCCUGCAGCUCUACGCCGCCGCCUCAUCCAAGUCGUUGUCGCUAUUCACCACCAUGGCAGACUCGCUCUUCGACCCGCUGUCCAACCUGACGCUCAUCUUGUCGGCUCGUGCGGUCAAGCGCGUAGACGGCCGCAAGUUCCCCAGUGGCAAAGCGCGCAUCGAGAAUGCCGGCAACAUCUUCUUUUGCUUCAUGAUGAUUACCGUCUCCGUCGUCAUCAUCGUCGAGUCGAUCCGCGAGAUCGCAACGCACAAGAGCGGCGAUAUCAACGACUUCUACCUACCCUCCGUCAUCGCCGUGUGCAUUGCAUUUGGAACGAAGUUCUCGCUAUUCCUGUAUUGCUGGGCGCUGCGGAACAACUACAGUCAAGUGCGUAUUCUGUGGGAGGACCAUAGGAAUGAUUUGUUCAUAAACGGCUUUGGUGUGCUUACGAGUGUCGGUGGCUCGAAGCUUGCUUGGUGGUUGGAUCCCGCUGGUGCCAUGGUUCUAUCGUCCCUGAUCAUCUUCCUCUGGUCCAGGACGGCAUAUUCUGAAUUCCAGCUGCUUAUUGGAGUAACGGCGGAUACGCCUACUCUUCAGCUCAUCACUUAUAUCUCGAUGACACACUCGCCCUUCAUCAAGCAAAUCGACACGGUCCGCGCUUACCACUCUGGACCCCGGCUGAUCGUCGAGGUCGAUAUUGUCAUGGACCCCCAGGAGACGCUUCAAAGCACGCAUGAUGUCGCCGAGGCACUACAAACCAAGUUGGAGAGCCUGCCGGAUGUGGAACGCGCCUAUGUGCACGUUGAUUACGAAACGGACCAUGCGCCUGAACACUUCUUGAAGAAGGAGCUGUAG